UCGGAUGACAAGAAAGUGGGGUGAAGAAGUAUUCAUCACUCAAUGCAAACACUAAAAGGGAGCUGUUUUUACUUUUUGCGUCCACCUAACCGUGUAUACUGAAAGGAAAAAGACUACCCGGGAUUGCCAGCUUGACAGAAAGUUUGUUUAGGCUACUUUUGUCCGUUCCGAGUGAUGACUAUAUAUUUUUUUUUAUUGUAGUCUGAAGUUACCUGAAUAAAACGUAUCAGCAUAUCAAAGAAACUGUAGUGACGUACAAACAAGAACCACCGGAUAGCGUACAAAGUGGUUCUUUGUUGGCUGGGGGGAAAGAAAAAGAGAUGUCACUGCUGUGGGUCUGGGCGCUCCUUCUCUUCUCAAAGGUUGCUGUGGGUGAUAUCUGCGCCAGCAGGAGGUACACAGAGGCUGGUGAAUGCUGUAAGGUGUGCCCACCUGGGACGCGGGUGGCCGUGGAGUGUGGCAAAGAGAACACCCAGUGUGAGGCGUGCCAGAAGGGUUUGACUUUCAGCUCCGCAGAGGACUCGCCGCAGUGCCGCCACUGCGCCAAGUGUCCCCGCGGCGUCCCCGAGCUGGUCGCCUGCACCCCCACCCAGGACACGCAGUGUGACUGCGGGCCCAACUCCUACCUGUGGCGUGAGGGAAAUCACACCAAAAGUCUGUGUGCCCUCUGCUCUGCGUGCCCGCGCGGGCAAGGGGUGGCGCGGGAGUGCGGCCCUCUGGGGGACACGGUGUGUGCGGACUGCCCCGCGGGCAGGGCGUACUCAGAGGAGCCACGGACCUUCAAGGCCUGCACACCGUGCUCACAAUGCCAGGAAAGCGAAGUGGAGAUCCGUGCCUGCAAGCCUCAAUAUGAUGCCAUCUGCAUGGACAAAAAGCUCCACUUCAACACGCAGCCAGUGGGCUCCGAUGGUCCCCGCGACCCCACACGCAAGCCCGGAGACGGAGACGUAGAGGACGGGGACGCAGAGACGAGUCUCCAACCUCCACAGUCUGACGUCCCCAGACCCCCGCCCCACGAGGAGGAGCGUGGAGGCAGCAACAUCCUGGUGUACGUGUCCGUGCUGGCUGCUGUGGUGCUGGGGCUGCUGUUCUACGUGGCCUACAAAUGCUGGAGGUCUUGCCAGCAGAAGCAAGCGCUGGGGAAGGCCCGUGCCGCUGAGGUCAACAAUGCCCCUGAGGGAGAGAAGCUGCACAGCGACAGCGGCGUCUUCCUCGACUCACACAGCCUGCAAGACACUCAGCCUAGCAAAGGCAGUAAGAGAGACAGCAAGCAGGACAGCCGCCUGUACGUGAACCUGCCCCCGCACCGCAAGGAGGAGGUGGAGCUGGCCCUGGGUGAAGGAGGAGCGCGGGGAGGCUGGAGGGCCCUGGCCGAGGCCCUGGGCUACGAGCAGGAGCGCGUGGACCUGUUUGGGCGCGGCGAGGACCCCGUGCACACGCUCCUGAGCGACUGGGCCCAGCAGGAGGGCGCCACGCUGGGGCUGCUCUGCUCGGCCCUGACGCGCAUCGAGCGGCCCGACGUGGUCGCCACCCUCACCAGCCCCGCACAGGGUGUGUCUGUGGUGUGAAGCACUCUGCUUCCCUCUGAAGCACCCAGCCCCCCCCUGAAACACACACACACACAC